AAAAAAAGAAAAAAAAGAAACCUAGGAAAAGAAAAGAAAUUUAUAAGUAGAAAAGCAUCUGUUCGAAGGAGUGGGCAGAGUCUUGAGUCUUGAGUGUUUGCUCUUCCAAUUUCGCCGUCUUCAUUCUGCUCUCUUCUAAUCGCCAACUAUGGCCUUGAGAGGUGUGUGGCAACUGAAAAAAAUGGUUGUGAGCUAUUCUGAUUGGGGAGGAAGCAGUAGGGGAAUCAGGUCAUUCAUGGAGUCUUACCUACCUGCAUUUAAGGAGAAGAAUCCUCAGCUAGAGGUAGUUACUGAACACAUUCGUGGUCAGCAUCCUCAUUUGAAGGGCUUAUACAACAACCAAAAUGAAAGAGUGGUAUGUGUGAAGAAUAUGGAUCCAGAAGAGAUUCUUCAAUGUGCAACUAGGCUAAGGAAUUCACUCGGGAGAAAAGUGGUGAAACUGAGGACUAGACAUGUAACCAAACAUCCAAGCGUGCAAGGUACCUGGACGACAGACAUCAAAUUUUGAAGAACAAGAUAUAAAUUUGCAAGCCGUUUCUUUUGGUGUGUUUCAAAGCAGUUUAAUUUAGCAUGCCAGAAUCACAGCUUUGUGGUUACCUACUCAGAUUGGGUGGUGCAACCCUAGGUUAGAUUAAGAACUGUUGUUUGACAUGGUAUUUGUUUUGAUCAAAUAAUUUACCUGGUUCAAAUUUACUUACUACCCUGUACUUUUAUCAAAAGCACAGGAUUAAGGUUCA